AUGAAGAUCCUCAAUCUAAGAAGCCUAUCAAGGAAGUUGUUAUGGUGUCUUGAUUUUAUUCGCCGCUGGCUCAAAACGAUCUUCACUGUUCAUGAGGACAGGUGGUCUAAGAAACUCCCAGAAGAAGUGAUGCAAUUGAUUCUACAACGACUGCUCGUGUCAGAUUAUUUGAGUUGCCGUGACGUGUGCCGUUCUUGGCGAGCCGCAAUUGACAGCAAGCGUUGUCUUCCUGCUAAUCAACUCCCAUGGCUUUUGAUCGGUUCCCAUCACUCAUUCUACAUCAAAGAUGACUGCUUUGUGAGUGAUCGGAAAAUUUACGAACCAAAGAAAUGGCGCACACAUUACUGCUCGGAUUGUGUUGGAUCAAUCGAGGGUUGGCUGAUAAUCGAAGGAACUGGACAUGCAUCAGUAUUUCAUCAGUUCUUCCUCUUGAACCCUGUAUCAGGAGCUAGAAUUAUGCUCCCAUCACAUUCCGCACCUAAUUACUUCUGCGGAAUGAAAGCAGUAGCCUCUUCAGUACCAACAAAAACAAUGUUGCAGCGGCGGCGGUGUUAUGUGUCUUGCAUUCACUUUGAAAAAGAAGGUGGUUUGGCUUUUUGUGCGCCCGCUGAUAAAUCAUGGACCUUCGUUGAGGCCAAUGCGGAUCUAGAACUUGGAGAUAUAGAAAUAGUUGAUGGGAAAUUAUAUGCGGUAGGUAGACACCCAUUAGAGUUUUUAAUGUUGUUUGACAUCCAAUUAGAUUCCAAUGGUGGCGGAUUUCAUACCUACACCACUGAAAAGUUUAUUACUCUUCACCCCAAUGUCGAGAGAAUAGUCCAAUGCAGAUACUCUUCUUUUUGGUCUGAAGUUGAAAACAGAUACUACUAUCAGUUCUGUUACCUAGCAAAAGGUUCUGAAUCAAAUGACUUGUUUCUGAUUUUGCAUAAGCGUGACUUUUUAAGUGGUGAGACCAUAGGAUUUCAGGUGUUGAAGUUGGAGAAUAAUGCUACUACUGGUCCUCAGUGGGUAGAGAUUGUGGACCUUGGCGAUCAGGGAGUUGCUGAAAAGAGCUAUGUUCAGUGUGACAGAAUGGCUGAAGCUCUAUCUCUUUCCAGAAAAUUGAUUAACAAGGAUGUUAUUUUUUGGACUACUACAUUUACUGGUUAUGCUCAAGUAGGGCAGAUGGACAAAGCACUUCAAAACACACACUCUUACUUUGAUAAUUGA